AUGGCGUAUCGUGGUACAGAUAAUCUCCGCUGCUACGUCCGAGAGGCAGGGCUUCCCCCUAUGCUCUGCCACCCCUCGACUCCUCAGAUGCCCCCAGAGGGUCACAAAAGUCACCUGAACAACUUGAAGAUUCGUCCGGAGUCUUGGAGAAAAUUACAAACCAUCCACGAGCUUAAGGAGGAUCGCUGGGAACGAAGUAUUUGCGACUGGGCCGAUAAAUAUAUUCCAGACGAAUCUCUGGGAAUUGAGGACGAGGACAAAGAAUCGGAAGAAAUGCUCUCCAUUCCGUGUCCGCCGACCUUUGACAUUCCGUCUCAAAAGCUCCGACGACCAGCUGACAUCUCGAGACUUUCUCUGUGGUUGGAAAACCUCCUGCUUACGACUACCCAACGCGUCAUGCACAUCCUCUUCGCAUCUACGUUGGAUUGGGGGUUCCAUCCAGGACAUAAUAAUGACGAUGACAAAGAGCUAUUUGACUACUUCCUUUGGACGAAAAAUUCCUUUUCUCCAGAAGAAGCUUUUGAAGUGGGAUACCACUCGGUGCUCGUUGCGUACCAGCCGCCUUGGAUAUUAUCUCCACAGGAUAUGAAAGAAUUCGCAUCUUGUCGUUCGAUCCCGCCCUUUCGUCGAGAAGGAGAACCCAAUUUCAGACCCCUUCAAAGUUCUGAACGCUUAUGGUCAAAGCUGUGGGAUACUUGUGCUGCAAAGCACUGCCGAUGGUUUUGCCUUACAACAUACGAUCAGUGGGUAUUCGGUGUCUUCACCAAAGGCUGGACCUCUGCCUUUGUGACAGCCGUGUAUACCUUCGAUGACUAUGGGCCUACCGUUCUGGAGCACUUACUCUACUGGGUCGCGUCGGCAUCGCGACUUCCGGGCUCAGCUCGUAUCCCUCAGGUGUGUGAGGAGCCCCAGCCCUUCCACAAAGUCCUCCCAUGUACCGUCUAUGACAUUAUGGGUUACGACCCGGCGGCGGCACUGGUACCUGAGCCUAUCAGCAGCCUGGGCCCACAGGUUGUACCCCAGACCAUCUACACUGAUUUCUCCACGCCAGCACCUUCUGAAUCAAACUGGGACGGGAAAAGCAAAGAUGCCGGAUCCUCCGCCGGACUGACUGACACGCUGACGCCUCGCAUCUCCGAAGUGGGACUACCCCACUACCAACCCAGGCCAUUCCAAACGUUGAAUCGAAGCGAUAGCAUUGCAGCCUGGAUACGGAGCGCACAAGCGAACGCAAUGGGAUUUGAGAAUUCCAAUAGUCCAGCAUCUUCCAACAUCUCGAUCCCAAAUGUCACAAACCAGAUACCACAAUUCAUGGGAGACUGGGUGAUGUAG